UUUUAGAUUGCGCUGGAUGGAAGCAGAUGUCACUCUAAAACCUGUGUAUACCUUUCGGCACUGAUGAUGCCUUUCCAGAUGUGCAAGCGGCCUGUUCUGUAGGCCCUGAUACACCCCCGUACCAUCGGAGAUGCAGGGUUUUGAACUGAGUGCUGAUAAAAAGCUGAUAAAAAGUUGUGUUUUUCAUAGUUAAAUGCUAGCAAACCCUGUUUCGAGCAUAUUUUCUUAAGUUAAAUGUACAUAUAUUUGCGUGAAGAUGGCGGCAGAUUUGCGGAAAUAUAAAUUCACCAAGUCAACCAAAUCUAGGCCCAGCACCGCCUCGUCCGCGAGUUCUGCUGCCUCUCCGGGCUCGGAGCCCCCGCCCCGGCAGAACAGCCAAGAGAUGGACGCUGAAACCUUGAAGACGGAUAUCCUGCUUUCACUAAGGGCCGACAUUGCCGCGGUGAUAAAAACCGAGCUGAAAAGUGCAUUUGCUGAAGGUUUCUACUUUCUUAAGAACGAGUUGCAAGCGGUGAAAGCGGAAAUACGGAACAAUACGGCCGCAAUUCACUCCGAAAUCGACCGGAUGAAAGCCGCAAUUAAAGAGGUGGAAGGUGGGCUAACGACCUGGUCGGACGAAGUGGCAGUCUUACAGACUACGGUGAAUGACCUGGCAGUAGAGGUGACUGGACUGAGAAGUAAGUGUGAGGACGUGGAGGGGAGACUGAGGAGAUGUAAUAUCAGAAUUCCGAGGGUGGCGGAAACAAAUGGAUCCAGCUCUACAAUAUCGGUCUCGGAACUACUGAGAGAAAUACUACAGCUGGAUGGAGAUGUGCUUGUGGACCGCUCUCAUAGAAGCCUGGGUCCUGUGAGGAAGGAUGGGAAACCACGCGCCGUCAUAGCCAACCUCCACUACUACCAGGACGGCGUUGAGGUACUGAGCCGGGCGCGUUCUCGAGCGCCGCUCCGGCGUAACGAUUCCAGUCAGAGCGAGAGUCUCAGUGAUACUGAAGAUCAAAGACCAAGUUUCUCCAAACCAUCGGCAUCCCAAAAUGCCUCAAGCAGUGAAGCUUCACAGAGCUCCAACAACUUCUCUAUGUACAACAGUGUCUCUCAGAAGCUCAUGGCCAAAAUGGGUUUUAAAGAAGGUGAAGGUUUGGGAAAGUUCGGCCAGGGCCGGAAAGAGAUCGUGGAGACGUCUACGCAACGCGGGAGGAGAGGUCUCGGCCUGACGCUCCAGGGCUUUGAGGGAGAUCUCAACGUCGAAUGGAAGGAUGAAGAUGAGCCUACUGCUUUUGAAGAAGUGUCCUGGUUCCCAGAAUGUACUACAGAAAUGCCAGACUCAGAAGAGCUGAGGGACUGGAUGACUAUAGGCGAGAGGAAACUGAAGAUUGACGACGAGACCGAGUUCUGUUCAGAGGAGCUACUACACCUGCUGCUACGCUGCAAGAGUGUGUUCGAUGCCCUGGAGGGUGAAGAAAUGAGGCGAGCUCGUACGCGGUCCAACCCGUACGAAACGAUACGAGGAGUUUUCUUCCUCAACAGAGCUGCGAUGAAGAUGGCAAACAUGGACCAUGUCUUUGACUACAUGUUUACCAAUCCGAAGGACUCCCAAGGGAAGCCCGUAUUCCGUGAUAGGGAGGGCGAGCUGCUUUAUUUUGGGGAUGUGUGCGCCGGGCCUGGAGGAUUCUCGGAGUACGUCCUGUGGCGGAAACGUUGGCACGCGAAAGGCUUCGGCAUGACUCUGAAAGGAUCCAAUGAUUUUAAACUGGAGGACUUCUACUCCGCCCCCAGUGAACUCUUCGAACCUUACUACGGUGAAGGUGGGAUUGACGGUGAUGGUGACAUCACACGUCCUGAGAACAUUAGUGCGUUCCGCAACUUCGUCCUGGAGAGCACAGAAAAGCGAGGCCUUCACUUCCUCAUGGCUGAUGGCGGUUUCUCAGUGGAGGGGCAGGAGAACCUGCAGGAGAUCCUGAGCAAGCAGCUUCUGCUCUGCCAGUUACUCACAGCCUUAUCCGUCGUCCGAACAGGAGGCCACUUUGUGUGUAAGACGUUUGACCUGUUCACGCCCUUCAGCGUGGGUCUGAUCUAUCUGCUGUAUCUCUGCUUCGAGAGAGUGUCGCUCUUCAAACCGGUCACCAGCAGACCCGCCAACUCCGAGAGGUACGUGGUGUGUAAGAGUCUGAAGCCAGGCUCUGAUGCAGUCAGGGAUUACCUGUUCAAGGUGAACCUGAAGCUGAAUCACCUCAGGCAAUCGGACAGGGACGUCACAGAUGUGGUGCCUCUGGAGAUCAUCAAAGGAGACACAGAUUUCUACCAGCACAUGGUGGACUCCAACGAGCGUCAUUGUUCUGUGCAGAUCAAAGCUCUUGCUAAAAUCCAUGCCUAUGUCAGAGACUCGACGCUGUCCGAGCCAAGGCAGGCUGAUAUCCGCAAGGAGUGUCUCAGAUUAUGGGGGAUUCCCGACCAAGUCAGAGUAGCACCUUCUUCCUUAGACCCCAAAUCCAAGUUCUACGAUCUCGUAAAUGGAUCGGAUGUCGACAGCUUUAACUCACGGCCCACAGCCCUCAACCUCAAAACUCUGGAGAAACUGCAGCAUGUAUUGGACCACCGGUGUAUCGUUGGCGGCGGAGAACAGAUUUUUCUCCUAGGGCUCGGGAAAUCUCAGAUCUACACAUGGGAUGGCAAAUCCCCCGUGCGCUGGAGGAAGCUGGAGGGCUGGAAACUGGAGUUGCCCAGAGACACUCUGCUGAGUGUGGAGAUCGUGCAGGAGCUGAAGGGAGAGGGUAAAGCCCAGCGUAGGAUCAACGCUGUUCAUGUCCUGGAUGCUCUGGUUCUCAACGGCACUGACGUGAGAGAGCAGCACUUCAACCAGAGGAUUCAGAUGGCUGAGAAGUUUGUGAAAGCUGUGUCGAAACCCAGUCGGCCCGACAUGAACCCUAUACGCGUAAAGGAGGUGUAUCGGUUGGAGGAGAUGGACAAGAUCUUCGUAAGAUUGGAGAUGAAGGUGACGAAGAGCUCAGGUGGAAUGCCGCGGCUGUCCUACACGGGCCGAGACGAUCGCCACUUCCUGCCCAGCGGCCUUUACAUCAUCAAAACGGUCAGAGACCCGUGGACGAUGGCGUUCAGUAAGAGCUCGAAGAUGAAAUUCUUUUACAACAGACAGACGAAACAGUCCACCUACGUCAUGGAUCCGAGCGCUAUAGCGCCUUUUCAGGUGUGUCAUCAGGAACGAUUGUUUUGGGCCUGGGAGGAAGGGGUCAGAGUUCACGACUCCCAGAGCCGUGUCGAUCCUCAGAAACUCUCCAAGGACAACGUGCUGUCCUUUAUCCGGAAACACUGUCAUCAGUGGGAGAGCCGUGACGGCGUGUGAAGCCUCUCCUCACCAGCACGGGGUGCUGUAGUUCUGCAGAAGAGGAAUCGUAGCACGUAGUCUCACGUGAUUUUCAGCUUGGUUUAUUUUACAGCCAGCGAGCAUUAUAUCUGUGAGGUAUUUACACGGAAUAUCGACGGUCGCAUUGCUUAGGCUUCGUAAAUCCGAUACACUAAUACACUGCUCAUUUCCCAGUAAUACAGUGCAUGAUGAUGAUAGACUCGGCAUUUCCUCUUCUGUGUGCUCGUGAGGCAGGGCGUGUUGCCUUCCCAUCUUUUUGAGGUUUCUUUUUCUUUUCUUUUUUCUUUUUUGAUCUCGUUUGCUUGUACAUGUUGUUUGAAUGAAGCAGGCGUGUUUAAUUUUUUAUGGGCUUCAUUUGAACUUGUGAGUAACCUUGAUAAUAAUGUAAAAAAAAAAAAACAACAAAAAAACUUGACUCCUGGAGUAUUUUCUUCCUCUAUUAAACCUCAGCAUGGAUGUCAGUGUCCUUGACUUAGGUGGCGCUCUGGAUGAAAUCACGACGACGCCAAGAUUGCUCUUGUGCCGUUUUAGCCGUCUUUACGUUCUCUGUUCUGUACGGGGGAAACCCCUCAAACUAAACAGGACGACACACUGCUGUUUUUGGAUAGUUAAGGCUUUCUAACUUCCUAAAAACGGUUCAGCUUGGAGCCCUAUCUGGAGGUCUGUAGUGCGGUUCCCACAUUAAACCUUUUAAAGGGUUCCACCUGCCAAUGUGGGUUAAUAUUAGCCCUUAGGUCAAAGUGUGUUGCUCCAAGUACACUCUUAAAGGGAAAAACAAAUCUACGGAGGUCCCCCCACCCCCCUAUUCUUCCCUUUAGAGAACCCUUUAAAAGGUUCACUGUAGAACCCUACAACAAGCAGGCGAGAAAAGCUUGAGUACGCAAUAAAUAAAUAAAUAAAUAAAUAAAUCGGCAGUGUGUCGUCAUGUUUCGCUUACUUUAAAUUCCUGAGAACAGAAACACAACUAAACUGACUGGAAAUAAGAGUGAGAGUGUAUCUUGGAGCUACACGGUGUGACCCGAGUGCUAAUGGUAACCUACGGCGGCGGGUGAUGAAUAAAAAAUGUUGUUUCUUUGGACGGCUGGUGACUCAGUAAGGAGAAGAGAGUUUACAUCCAGUUUAAUGAGUCGUACACAUUCUGUAUUUUAGAGAUUACAGCAUGUGAGCUGAUCUCGGCUCUGAUUAUAAAUCACUCCGUCCGGGAUUUUACGCUUUUACGCAGAAAUUAACGCACAAUCAAGGAAACUCUUGCAGUAUUCGGAGCUUGCGAUUUAAAAAAAAAAAAAAAAAAAAGACUGCAGAUUUUUCACAGUUUUGGGCCAAAACGCGUCAUCACGGCGCACGUUCAGUCAAAGCCGCGUUCGAUUCACGUGCGUCGAACCCGAGUACAGCUGAAAGGUCUCGUUUACCAACAAACAUCACUGCGAAAGAGCACGCGAAACAAUUUCGCGCGACUGCGAAUUCGCCGAGUCAUACUUUUCGGAAGAAAAAAAUCAAUAAUUGAAAAAAGCCGCAGCAAAAUCGAGCAUUUUUCAUCGCAAAAAAAAAAACCCCUCCACGAAAUCCUGUACGGGCUGAUAUACUGUUAAAAGGAUCCGAUUACAAAAGGAAAUCGAUUUCCUUUUCCCCUUGUACCCGAAUGUAGUCCAUCAGCCAAGCCAUGUUUGGUGUUUGAUUUUUGCUUCUUUAGUUUUGCACUGGAAGCGUUAUAUCAUCAUCAUCACCAGUUUCCUAGUCUGUAUAACAAUGUAGAAAUAUAAAGUUCACCUAGAAGCCACGCCUCCUACUCGAGCCGGAUGCUUUAGCCGAGUGAUGCGAAAUGAUGUGCUGGGGAGGGAAGUGAGUCUAGGUUGAUGUUCUCAUCAGGAUUGAACUUAUUUCGUUGAUGUAAGUACAGUAUAUGUAACAUUACAACUUCUAUCCAUUUAUCAUUGUCAUUUGUUAAUAAAAUUUUUUUUUUUUUUUAAAAAGAUCUUGGCAAAUUGCUGUGGUAUAAAAUGAACACAACACUUCGGGAUGUGCUGUUCUAGGAAAAUAAUCAGCUUUGGUGUAGUAACCGUGGUGUAACUCCUGCUUUGGCUUUGUCUCAGGCCACAUCUCGUCUCCCCAUCGUUGAUUAUUUUCCUAGAAAAGCAUGCCGUGUUGUGUUUAGCCUUCGUUUGUCACGUAUAUAUUACAGCACAGUGAAAUAGUUUCUUCACGUGUCUCGGCUUGUAAGGAAGUUGGGGUCAGUGCGGGGUCAGCCAUGAUAUAGCACCCCUGCAGCAGAUAGGCUUAAGGGCCUCGCUCAAGGGCCCAACACUGGUACCGUGGUGGUGCUGGGGCUUGAAUCCUCGACCUUCUGCACAAUAACCCAAUUCCAGAGGAAUUAGGAAUGCAGUUUGUAUGCUCCUAAAUUGGAGGCUAUAUGUUUACUUGUUAGCCAGAACAAAUAAAGAUGUGAACUUCAGAAACCAAACAUGCCUUUGGUGAGGGGGAACCAGGGUUAUUAUUUUUUUGCCGUACAUUUUUUAUUUAUUUUAAGCGUAAUACCAUUCGAGCAGAGUGACCUUGGUCACAAAAAGCAUGUAGAGUGCCAAAAUUAUCAUCAUCAUUAUUAUUAUAUAUAUAUUUCUUUACAAAUCCA